GAACUUGAUUGAGAAAUAACCCGGAUAAGCAUUGGAGACGACAAUAUUUUUCAAAACAGAAGAGCACACAUUGCGAAAGUGAGUGACAGUGGCUAGAUUUGAUGUGUGUUUAACAUGGCACCUGUGGAGGGAAUUUGGGGUCCUCCGACAUCUACAAUUGAUUGGUGUGAAGAAAACUAUCACGUCACUCCGUUUAUUGCGGAAUUCUGGAACACGAUAAGCAAUGUGAUUUUCAUUAUUCCUUCACUGUUGAUGUUGGGGAUUGGAACUAUUGAAGGGCAUGAAGAGAGAUUUCAGUGGUGCCACUUCUCUGUGUUCACUGUGGGGUUUGGUUCCUGGUGCUUUCAUAUGACAUUAUUAUACAGUAUGCAGCUUUUAGAUGAGUUACCCAUGAUUUAUGGAGCAGCAUUUCAUCUGUAUUCAGAUAUAGAAGUUACUAGUCCACUGAACCACAAAAAUCGUCCAUUACAAAUCGGUCUGGCCAUUUAUUGUGCUGUUGUCACAGCUUUUUACCUGUUCAGCAAACAUGUGAUAUUUUUUCAGGCAUCCUAUGGUAUUUUGGUAACCCUUAUGGUUCUGUCCAGUGUCCGCUUGAUGUUGUAUUAUGAACACAACACACUGUUAUAUACGGUUGGAUUUAUCACCUACAUGGGUGGUUUUAUUCUCUGGAACUUAGAUCAGCAUUUUUGUGGGAAUCUUCAAUUGAUAAGAAGAGAGUAUGUAGGAGCAUUAGCUCCAGUAUUCCAGCUUCACGCUUGGUGGCACAUCUUGGCCGGAACAGGCACCUACCUCUCUGUAUUGUUCAGUGCUCACACAAGAUAUCUGUACCUUGGGAUGAAACCAGAAAUCAAGUUUUGGUAUAAAUUCUGGCCAUACCUGAGACUCCGAAAGCAGAAAAAGAAGUAGAUUUUGACACAUCCAGGGUUCUCUGCAGGUAUCCAGAUCAAUCUGGCCAAUCCAGGGUCCUCUGCAGAUGUCCAGCUGAUUCCUUCCUUUUCACUCCUGCAUACAUACACCAUAUUUAUUUUUGUAUACUGUGUGCCAUCCAAAGCAUCUUUUUUUUUUUUUAAAAGAUGAAUGUACUCUAAGUUAAUAGCCUUAUUUAGUGCAUUAGUUAAAGUUGUGAUUGUAUAAAUUAACCUUUGAUUGCUACAGAAUCACUUUCUUUGUGAGGACAAAUUUUCUUUCUUUGUUUUGUUUGGUAGAAAUAAUCAUAUCAGUAACAUCUUGAUCUCUUGGUUGAAGAGAAUUCAUUCUUUAUUUAAUGGGUAUGCCAAACACAGAUCCAGUGAUGGAACUGCC